UUUUUCUGCAACAGGAUGGCAGCUGCUUUGUGUCUGCAGGUUCUGUGCAGCCUGUGUGGUUGGCUGUCACUUUACCUCUCCUUCUGCCGCUUGAAUAAGCAUCGGAGCUAUGAAUGGAGCUGCAGACUGGUUACCUUUACACAUGGAGUCCUUUCCAUAGGCCUCUCUGCUUAUAUUGGAUUUAUUGAUGGUCCCUGGCCUUUUACUCACCCAGGAUUACCCAAUACUCCUCUUCAAGUACAUGUUCUGUGUCUCACCCUUGGCUACUUCAUCUUUGAUCUUGGCUGGUGUGUCUACUUCCAGACAGAGGGGGCUCUGAUGUUGGCUCACCACACACUGAGUAUCUUGGGCAUCAUCAUGGCCCUUGUUCUUGGGGAGUCAGGCACCGAGGUCAAUGCUGUUCUCUUUGGCAGUGAGAUCACUAACCCAUUGCUACAGAUUCGAUGGUUCCUCCGGGAGACAGGGCGCUACCACAGUUUCACAGGGGAUGUGGUAGAUCUUCUCUUUGUGGCUCUGUUCACAGGAGUGAGGAUCGGCGUUGGUGCAUGGCUUCUUUUCUGUGAAAUGGCCUCACCUAAGCCCAAAUGGUUUGUGAAGGCCGGUGGAGUGGCUAUGUAUGCUGUGUCCUGGUGUUUCAUGUUCAGCAUUUGGCGCUUUGCCUGGAAGAAGAGUGUCAAGAAAUACCAUGCUUGGCGUAGUGGGCGAGGCGAGGACCGACAACUGAAAAAGAAUGGACAUCUCAAAGUGCAUUAA